CUGGCCCAAUUGCCAGCACUAGCCGGAGACAGGCUUUAAAGUGGAGGGAUCGGCGGGCGGGUAGUGCGCGCGGGCGUGGUGGUGGUGGGUGCUUUGACUGCAGGCCUCGGCACGGUAGGCACAAAUCAUUUUGGCCGCUGCGUCGCGUUGGGAGCAGUAUUCUACUGUGCCUGCGUCCCGACAAGCGAAAAGAAGAGACGGGGGAGGGUGGGAGAACGGAUACCGAAAGGGGUAGGAGAGUGAGCAGCCAGAGAACAGGGAGGUAGAGAGGAGGAGGAGGUAGAAGGCGAAAGAAGGGGAACCAAAUCUUGGACGGGAACACAUAGAUUUCUUUGGUGGAGGAAGGAGGAGGGCAACAAGAGGAGGUUACAGGUAGCCCAAUAGAUCUACUGCUGUUGAGGGAGUUGAUGCAAAGCUGAGUUGCUGCGCGUUGGCUUUCUUUAGAGAUGGCUUCAGCUGGUGUUGCCCCUUCUGGGUACAAGAACAGCAGCAGCACCAGCAUUGGUGCCGAAAAGUUGCAAGAUCACAUGAACGAGCUAAAGAUUAGAGAUGAUAAGGAAGUUGAAGCAACCAUAAUUAAUGGGAAAGGGACCGAAACUGGGCACAUAAUUGUCACCACUACUGGUGGCAAGAAUGGUCAACCAAAACAGACAGUGAGCUACAUGGCUGAGCGCAUUGUAGGUCAAGGUUCUUUUGGGAUUGUCUUCCAGGCCAAGUGUUUGGAAACGGGUGAGACUGUUGCCAUAAAGAAGGUUCUUCAAGACAAGCGUUACAAGAACCGCGAACUGCAGACCAUGCGCCUCCUUGACCACCCUAAUGUUGUUGCUUUGAAGCAUUGCUUCUUUUCAACAACUGAGAAGGAUGAGCUUUAUCUAAAUUUGGUCCUUGAGUAUGUUCCGGAGACAGUUCAUCGAGUUGUGAAACAUCACAACAAGAUGCACCAACGCAUGCCACUUAUUUAUGUGAAGCUUUAUAUGUACCAGAUAUGUAGAGCAUUGGCUUACAUUCAUGGUACUAUCGGUGUCUGCCACAGAGAUAUUAAGCCACAAAAUCUUCUGGUAUGCUGGAGAUUCUUCUAUUUUGCUCCUGUAUCAUUUUCAGAUGAAAUGGUUUGGUACUUAGAAAUUGAUUUUCAAACUUCACUACAGGUGAACCCACACACCCACCAGCUUAAAAUAUGUGACUUUGGUAGUGCAAAAGUUCUGGUCAAGGGGGAACCAAACAUAUCAUACAUCUGCUCGCGAUACUAUAGGGCUCCAGAGCUCAUAUUUGGUGCCACUGAGUAUACCACAGCGAUUGACAUUUGGUCUGCUGGUUGUGUUCUUGCUGAGCUUAUGCUAGGGCAGCCUUUGUUUCCAGGUGAAAGUGGUGUGGACCAACUCGUCGAAAUCAUCAAGGUCCUUGGUACUCCAACAAGGGAAGAAAUUAAAUGCAUGAACCCGAAUUACACAGAGUUUAAGUUCCCACAAAUCAAAGCUCACCCAUGGCACAAGGUAUUCAACAAAAGGAUGCCGCCAGAAGCUGUUGAUCUGGUCUCUCGGCUACUCCAGUACUCCCCAAAUCUGAGAUGCACUGCUGUGGAGGCGCUUGUCCACCCAUUCUUUGACGAGCUUCGAGAUCCUAAUACUCGUCUUCCAAAUGGCCGCUUCCUGCCACCCCUUUUCAACUUCAAGCCUCACGAAUUGAAAGGAGUCCCAGCAGACAUUGUUGCGAAAUUGGUUCCAGAACAUGCGAAGAAGCAAUGCUCUUAUGUUGGAUCGUGAGAUGACCGUGCCUUGGGACUGGAACCUGAGGUCGCAAUCGUGCAUUUCCCCUGGGAUGUUGGAUGAUCUUGAGGCAUGCGAGCCUGUCGUUGAAGAUGCAAGGUUACCUACUUGUACGACGUACGCCAAUGCGACCUGUGUAGCUGUGAGUAGUCUAAUGUUGCAGUGACAUGUAAUGGCGCACCCCCGUCCUACUAACAGAUGCUUACUGGAGAUUGCCAUAGCUGAUCUUGUAAUUUGUUAUAGGGCAGUAUGAAUAUAUUUAUGGUAGCUUGAAUCUAUUUGUGGAUUCACUUCGUUUUUCCAUGUUUCCUUGUCUCCAGACCUGGACUUGGACUGCUAUUGAUUUUUGUUUCAGAAUUCCUAGCUA